UUAAAAAUUUAUAUUUAUUUAAUGCACCUAAACUUGGUGAUGUGUUUCCUUUCCUUCGAUGAGGAGAGACUGGUUGCUCUAACACCAUCUCUCUCUACAUGGGAAUACCUCGUUUCAAUCGGUUAUUUGUUUUAAUAAUACGAAUCGAAUGUGAAUUUCCUGUGUUUGUUUAACGUACCUGUGCAUUUCUUUACUCGUAUGUAAUAUACUAGUCAUUCUACCUCUGAUAUACCACUACUGAACAGUUGUGUAUGCGUGCGCCGGCCGCAGUGCCACGAAGGCCAAUCCCAUCUCCCAUCACAUACGUUGUAUGUGUGUUCCCUACCGUUUUUCUAUUCAUGCUGGCAUCCAUCCAGACCUUGGCCUUGAGCGCUCUCGCCUGUCCCCAUUUUCGUUUCUCGCCGUCAUUCGUACAUUCAGUUUUGUCAUCGAAGCAAACGGACAGCAAGCACACUUCCAUCGUCAUCGUUUGCUGGGGGGGUUUCUUGUUAUCGACCGCGUUGGUGCCAUAUAUCACGUGUAGCACGUGUCCGUGGCAUCGAUUGUGUGUGUGUGUGUCUAUAUGUGGAUCUUAAAAUUAAAGAUGUCGAUAAAUCGGUAUCCAUUUCUCGACCUUAUGAUGUCCAUUUAGCGGACAAGAAAACCAUGUACAAAAAGGAGAGACCCAAACUAUCUGUCACUGCACUGUUAUAUGGGUCACAAUCGCAAGUGUCUUCAUCCUGGUUUCAAUCUCCAUGUGUACCAGCUCCCGCAGUUGGAAACCUUACAAGUACUACAACAACAACAACAAAUGGAACUAAUGUAGCUACAAGUGUUUCCACAACUGUCACCAGUAGUUUGUCUCAGUCACAAUUUCCUGGCAUUAUUUCCAGCAGUUAUAUCUCCACUGCUGUUUCUCCUCAGCAACAGUCACCACGUUAUCCACCAAAUCAUCCACUAAGUGGUUCAAAGCAUUUAUGUUCGAUAUGUGGAGAUAGAGCAUCAGGAAAACAUUAUGGUGUUUAUAGUUGUGAAGGAUGCAAAGGAUUCUUCAAAAGAACUGUUCGUAAAGAUUUGUCUUAUGCUUGUAGAGAAGAUCGUAAUUGUGUUAUAGAUAAGAGACAAAGAAAUCGUUGUCAGUAUUGUCGCUAUCAAAAAUGCUUGGCUAUGGGAAUGAAACGAGAAGGUUUUGAAGAUAGAAUUGGAAGUACGAGUCAAAGAUCAGACCAUUUCGUGUUCAAGUUUUGUUCCAAGUCAAAAACUGUUCAAGAAGAAAGACAGCGCAACAAGGAAAAAUAUGAAAAUGAAGUUGAAAGUACAAGUAGUACGCAAAGUGAUAUGCCAAUAGAGAGGAUUUUAGAUGCAGAGAAACGAGUUGAACCAAAAAAUGAAGAGAUUGAAACAAAUGCAGCUGACCGACAGUUGUAUCAACUGGUGGAGUGGGCCAAACACAUUCCUCACUUCACGGAGUUACCUUUGGAGGACCAAAUGAUACUCCUCAAGGCAGGUUGGAAUGAAUUACUAAUAGCUGCCUUUUCUCAUCGGUCCAUUAAUGUGAAAGACGGUAUUGUUCUUGCUACGGGACUUGUUGUACAUAGAAAUAGUGCCCAUAGUGCUGGUGUCGGGACCAUAUUUGAUAGAGUCCUUACAGAGUUAGUAGCUAAAAUGAGAGAGAUGAAGAUGGAUAAGACAGAAUUGGGAUGUCUCCGAGCCAUUGUUCUCUAUAAUCCAGGUAGUCUAACAUAAGUAAAUGUAUCUUUUUACAUUCUAAUAAAUUUUAUUAAGGAUACAGAAUACCACAGACAAUCUUUGUAAAUCCACUAAGAAAUUUAAUAUAAUUUCAAAAAUAUUUUGACAGACAUUUUUGAUUACAAAUGGAUCUUCUUCAGGUCAUUCAACUUUCUAAAAUUGGAAUGUGUUGAAGAACAAGAUAUAAAUUUAAAAAUUAUUACAUAAUGUUUUUAAAAUAUGAAAUAUAAAGCAAAAUAUUUUACAAAUAAAGAGAAGUUGGAUAAUGUAUUUCAUACCAAGUAACAUAUAUGAGAAAUAAGUUAAAAUUAAUAAAAAUUAUAGAUAUUCAAUGUAAUCAUAAAAUUGCAUAGCAGC